UAAAAAACCAAGGAGAGGCGCAGUAGCAGGAGCGAGCCUGGACUCGGUACCAUCUUCCUUGUGAUUGGCCAUUGGGGUGGCCGGGUGGGAAGCAAGGAAGGAAGGAAGGAAGGAAGGAGGCGACCACAGGCAGUCAUGGCGACCAGGCCGGGGCCUUUGACUGAAUGGCCAUGGCAGAGGAUGGGCAACUUCAAGUACCUGGUGAUGGCGCCGGUGGUCGUCCACGGCGCGUACCGGGUGAUGAACAAGGGGUGGGGCGACAUCGACCUGGCCUACUCGCUGAUCCUGCCGUCCCUGGCGCUGCGGAUGAUCCACAACCAGAUCUGGAUCAGCCUGUCCCGCUACCAGACCGCGCGCAGCAAGCACCGCAUCGUCGACCGCGGCAUCGAGUUCGACCAGGUGGACCGCGAGCGCGGGUGGGACGACCAGAUCGUCUUCAACGGGCUGCUCUUCUACGUGGGGUACCUGGCGAUGCCGAGCGUGCGGAGGUUCCCGCUGUGGCGGACGGACGGGGCGGUGGCGACGGCGCUGCUGCACGCGGGGCCCGUGGAGUUCCUCUACUACUGGUUCCACCGCGCGCUGCACCACCACUUCCUCUACUCGCGCUACCACUCCCACCACCACGCCUCCAUCGUCACCGAGCCCAUCACCUCUGUCAUCCAUCCUUUUGGCGAACACAUCGUCUAUUUCACGCUCUUUGCAAUCCCGAUGUUGUCCACAGUUUACAUGGGAAAUGGCUCCGCCCUUGUAUUUGUGUUGUAUAUCGUUUACAUCGACUUCAUGAACAACAUGGGGCACUGUAAUUUUGAGUUGGUGCCAAAAUGGAUGUUCCAAGUCUUUCCUCCUCUCAAGUACCUCAUGUACACCCCAUCGUUUCAUUCUCUUCACCACACACAGUUCCGCACAAACUAUUCACUGUUCAUGCCAUUUUAUGACUACAUAUACAGCACUAUGGACAAGGCAUCUGACGAGCUGUAUGAGAACUCACUGAAAGGAACAGAGGAGACACCUGACCUUGUUCAUCUCACACAUAUGACUAACUUGCAAUCGGCUUAUCAUCUAAGGGUUGGAUUCGCCUCCAUAGCAUCCAAACCAUCCGAUAACUCGGAGUGGUAUAUGUGGACGCUGUGGCCCUUGGCAUGGCUGUCAAUGGUUGUAGCAUGGAUUUAUGGGUCAUCUGCAUUCGUGGUCGAGAGAAUCAAACUGAAGAAGAUGAAGAUGCAAACAUGGGUCGUACCGAGAUACAACUUCCAAUAUGGUCUGACAUGGGAUAGAGAAUCGAUCAAUGACUUAAUUGAAAAGGCGAUAUUGGAUGCUGAUGUAAGAGGGGUUAAGGUGCUCAGUCUAGGGCUACUAAAUCAGGCAAAACAGCUCAAUGGGAAUGGUGAACUAUUUAGACAAAAAUACCCAAAAUUAGGAGUUCGAAUUGUUGAUGGAAGUGGCUUAGCAAUUGGAGUUGUCCUAAAAAGCAUCCCUUCAGAUGCAAAGCAAGUUUUUCUUCAUACAGGGACUUGUAAGAUAGCCCGUGCCGUUGCUAUGGCUUUAUGUGGCAAGGGCAUCCAGGUGAUCAUGAAUCGUAAGAAAGAGUAUGACAUGCUCAAGUCACAGAUGCCAGAGAACAGAGCAAGCUACUUGAAGUGCUCCAGCAAUGACAUAACCAAGAUUUGGCUAGUAGAGAGGAUCGACGACAAAGAACAGAGGAUGGCACCAAAAGGAACAGUGUUCGUUCCAAUAUCGCAGUUCCCCCUUAAGAAAGUCCGCAAGGACUGCACUUACUUGAGCACUCCGGCGAUGAAGAUCCCGGACACUAUGCAGAACAUCCACUCCUGCGAGAACUGGUUGCCGAGAAGGGUGAUGAGCGCGUGGCAUAUCGCCGGAAUACUUCAUGUCCUGGAAGGGUGGAGCGAGCACGAGUGCGGUGACCACAUGAUGGACUCUGAGAAGGCAUGGUCGGCUGCUAUCAGGCACGGCUUCAUCCCUCUCACCAAAGCUUGACUGGGGAAAUGUUGCUAAGAUGGUACUACCGAGAAUUUAUGCUAAAACCGCAGCCUUUUUUUCUUUUCUUUUGGGACCACGCAGGAGAUCUGUUUGGUCGGACAGCUAAGUCUGUAAGAUUUAUCAGUGUGAACAUCGAACAUCAAUUCAAUUAACUUACUGCUUA